AUGUACCGCCCAGACGACUAUCCUGAGCUCAACGGAAAGGAACCCGACUGGGUCCAGUCUGAACGUGAAAUGUUCAAGGAACACCGAGACAAGGAUGGAGAUGGCAAGCUUAACCAGGAAGAGAUGAGGGAUUGGAUCAUGCCUGUCGGUUUUGAUCACGCCGAAGCUGAAGCCCGUCAUUUGGAUGGCAAGUUGUCACCGGAAGAGAUCAUCGCUCAUUAUGACACGUUUGUGGGAUCACAAGCCACCGAUUAUGGCGAGCAGCUCCAGAAACACGAUCCAGCAGAGCUGUAA